GAGAGGGUUCGUGCUAUUCCUACAGACUUGCUGCAUUUGAUGAAGAGAAUUUCUAGAACCAGUAGUUGUAGUACUUCUCUACUGCUGAAGAUCACAUCAAAAUGAGCUACGAGGCUUUCUUAGCAGGAUGGUGCGCAGGAAUGGUCAAUUUGGGCAUAGGCCAUCCAUUUGACACUGGCAAGGUGCGUGCGCAAGCUCGAAUGGCAGAUGUAGAUGGUGGCUUGUUUAGCAGAGCUGCUGGAGCAACCACAAAUGCUUCAUCUGGAACCAGUUGUAGUAGUACUAGUAACGCCAAAGCAGGUGGAGGUGCAGGUGGGAGGUCCUCAACUUCAUCUUCCACAACUACAACAAGCAAGAAUGCCUUUUCGAGAAGAUUAGACAUCCGGAGACUCCUGAAACCGAUUCGAGUGCUUUAUCGCGGCAUUCAAGGACCACUGCUGACUGCUGGGAUUAGCCAAGCACUUCUUUUCGGCUCUUGGCGUACCAUAAAAGAUUUCUUGAUGCCUUUUGUAGGAGAUGAUGAUGACGAGGGACAAGAAAGAGAGCAGUCAAAAGACCGCACAGCAAGUACAUAUACUUCAGCUACUACCACCAAGGUCCUAAAAAUAGCAGCUAUCGACUUCCUAGCAGGUGUUGGGUCAGGACUCCUCAAUGCCUUUUUCUCCUUCCCAAUGGUCUGCGUAAAACUCAGAGCGCAAGUCACAGCUGCAACCGCACCCGUGAUACCUUUUUGGCGUUCUUUACGGGACAUCUUACCUCUGAUGCUCAAACCUAAAGAAGUGCAGAGACUAGGUGGCAUGCCGCAUUUGUUUCAGGAGUCAUUCGGUCGGGGUUGGUACAUGAUGACCUUCACUUUAAUGGCGGGACAGUGUCAUGCAGAUGCGGAGGGGAGGAAAGUAGCGGACGAGGGUGGUGAAGCUCUUGUAGUGGUAGUGGAUGAAGCAGUAGCAGCAGAGAAGGACCACUUGCAGGGGACCUCCUGUUCCAGUAACUGCGUGACUAAAUCUUCAACCUUCAGUCUGCUUACCAGUGAGGAUGGGUUCUUACCUAGGCCUGUGGCAGGAGCCUGUGCCGGGGUCACGGGAUGGCUUAGUAUCUACCCUCUCGACGUCAUUCGAAGUCGGAUGCAAAGAGAUUAUCAUAGUAGAAAUGCAAGAAGAGACUCUGUUUCUGGCUCAACAAAAAAUGUAGAGACUCGCAAGCCUUGUUCAUCUAGUACCUCUCCUCGACCACUCACUGACUCCUUCUUGCGCUAUGGCCAGGGUGUCUACAGGACAGAAGGUGCGCGCGGUUUAUACCGUGGUCUCGGGUAUUGCAUUUUUCGUGCCAUACCUGUUGCCUUCUUCACACUGCCUGCCUAUGACAUCGCGUACAAUUAUCUUGUAGAACGCCGGCGCCAAUCUGCUGGGGGUUCUAUUUUAUGUUCUUCUUUUAUUUGACGUCUAGGUUUGCC